AUGUACCGUCCAGAAAGUGGAAUAAAUCGGGGCGCAACUUGUGAUGUACUAGUCAAGGAAGAUGUUAUUGUGGAGCCUGGUAAAGAAUGUUUAGUUAAAUGUGUGGCAGACAAAGCAUUUAGAGGUCUGAACUACAUGGCAGCACCAAACACCUCCCCAGGGGAUGAACCUAUUCGCCCUGCAUGUUGUAUUGUUAGGGUAGAUACGAUUAGAGAACUAUGGCUCAGAGUCGUCAAUGUUAACAAAGUUAGUGAAACCCUUCGAAAGGGGGAAAAAAUUGCCCUAUUAGACCCAGAGUUUGAAACCACUUUUCCAGGUCAACACAUGAAAACUAAACCAACUGACCGAGUUACUGGGUAUAAGGGAGAUGAAAGACUUGAUUCUAAGGAAGAGGUUGACAAAGGAAGAGGUUGAGGUUGAACAGGAAGAGGUUGACAAACUUCUGACAGAAUUUUCUGACGUGUUUUGGAAACCCGGCGACCGUCUUCCAUCUGUCCAGGGUUUGGGGAAGCAUUGUAUUAGACUCAAACCAAAUGCGAGACCAGUUGGUAUGAGACCGAGACGGCUAUCCCCAAAGGAACGAGAAGAAGUGAACAAGGAGAUAACGCAUCUCCUUGGUCAAGGCCUGAUCACACAGUCAACGGGCCCUUGGGCUGCACCAAUUGUAGUGGCAAGUAGAAAGAAUGGCCAAAUCAGGCUAGCAAUUGACUAUCGGGCUCUGAAUGCUCAGUCCUUUGAUCAGCAUCAUCCAAUACCGCGUGUUGAUGACCUAAUUGACAGGCUUGGGGAAGCUAAAUACUUCUCAUCUUUAGACUAAAGAGUGGUUACUAUCAAAUGCCACUUCGAGAAGAAGAUUCGAAUCUCACAGGAUUUGUCACCCCAGAUGGUCAGUUCCAGUGGACUGGUCGAGGCACUCCGUUUGAGUUAUCAGGAGCACCAGCCUCUUUUCAGCGGCUGAUGAGUGGCGCCCUUGGGUCUCUGAACUGGCAGGUAGCACUCUGCUACCUAGAUGAUAUACUUGUUUGGGGAGCAACAUGGACAGAGCACAUGCAGCGUCUCCGGUUAGUACUCCAGAGAUUACAAGAGGUGGGAAUGCUCCUGAAUCCAGAGAAGUGUACGUUUGGUGUUCGUCGUAUUGAAUUCCUUGGUCACGUUAUCGGUGAAGGAAUGUUGUCUAUCAGCGAUGCCCGGAGAGAUGCACUAAUCAAUACCCCAAAACCAAAAACGGUAACAAUGCUGAGGAAGGCGCUUGGAGUAUUCUCCUACGUUCAACGAUGGAUUCCAGGGAUGGCGGACAUUGCAAAACCGUUAUAUGAUCUUUUAGACAAAGAUGGUAAGAAAUUACUUAAAUGGACACCUGAGACAACAGCAGCAUUUGAACUCCUUAAGAAACACGUUGCGAGACCUCCAGCACUUUACCUUCCGGAUUUCACCAGUUGGUAACAGAUGCUUCGAUAGUGGGUACGGCAGCAAUGUUAGCUCAGCCGGAUCGGUUUAAACCAGAUGGCCCAUUAAAUCCAGUGGCAUUCUUUCACAUACUCUUUCCUCUAGUGAAAGGAACUAUAGCACCACAGAUAGAGAGUUGCUGGCGAUAUUUUUAGCAGUAAAGAAAUUUCGUGUUUACCUUGCGGGAAAGCGUUUUGACCUAAUCACCGAUCAUCGGGCUCUGACAUGGAUUAACGAAAGCCUGGACUUAAACGAUGUUUGCGGUAGGCGAGGGAGGUGGUUGGAAUUCCUUCAACAAUAUCCAUUCGAUCCAAUACAUCGGGCAGGAAAGUCACCAGAACUGGCAAUGGCAGAUUACUUGUCCAGAGUAGGACAUGGAGAGCAGGUGGCAACUCUGUGA